GCCAACUUUCCAAAGUUCUGGAGGCUACCAAUUUUUGCUAAUACGGCAGUGUUUUGAGUUCCAAUCACAAAAUUAGGUACGGAGCCUCCUCGCCCUCGUCCUUGUCCAGCGGAGGAAGGCGAAUCCUAUUACACCCUCCAACUCCACCGUAGGGCAGCCGCCUCCUCUCCGUCGAGCUGAUUUCGUUCACCAGUUCCUACGUCCUGUGUUCGUUCUACCUUCUUCUUCGUCCAGAUUGACGCUACCUUGCUUGAAUUGGCUUUGUAGAUUACCUGAUCGCCGGCGGUGAGCCUUGUCAUCUUAUUUCCUUCCAUUCCAGCCCUUUCAAUAUAAAUAUUUUGAUUCUUGACCGUGCAUGGUGAUGGGUUACAGCCCUUCCGUAAUUUGGUUGGAAACAUAUGGCUCUUCGCACUCGACCAAAUCCAACCCUUUCCCAACCGUGCGUACCGGUCCGGGCUCCGUCUCUUUCCCGGCGGCGGUUUCCUCCGUCUUCCAUCUCACUCGUUCCUGGGAAUCAACCCAAACCGUGCGGUUCGCUGAAAUCCUCGGCGACCGACGGAUUAAUACGCUUGCCGUGUAAACCCUUGUCGAAAGGCAAGCUCGGUGGAUGGGAAUUCGAGGCCAAGCAAUCGAGCGCCUCCACGUCCCCUGUUUGCUUGCUGGCUCCAAAGGACAAGCCUGGAAGAGGCGGUAAUCAGGGAUUGCCAUGGGAGUCCUUUGGCGAAGCUACAGAGAAUUUUAAAGGAAAGUCAAUAGAAGAGAUGUUAAGGGAGCAAAUGAGGAACACGGAGUCCAAUGCUGGAGGAGGGAGUGGCAAAAGGAAACCUCCAGGUGGUGGUGGUGGUGGUAGAGGUAGACGGGGUGGUGGUGGUUCUGGAGAUCGAGAAGAGGGUGGGGCGUCUUCAUUUGGAGUUUCGGAUGAAACUCUGCAAGUGAUCUUAGCUACCAUUGGUUUUCUCUUUGUGUACUUUUAUGUGAUCAAUGGGGUGGAGAUGACUCGUCUAGCUAAAGACUACAUUAAGUUCCUGUGGACGGGGAGUAAAAGCGUGCGAUUGAGGAAAGCCAUGGAGAAGUGGGGGAGUUUCCUGCAGCCGCUGCUUGACAAGAAAGAGUUGCUCAAAUGUGGAUUAGAAAGAAAGAUUGCCGAUGCUGCAAGAAGUUGGUUCGAUGGCCCGACGAAGUACAGGCACAUAUUGAGGUCGUACCUCACAUCAAAUACUGGCCAGUAGCCUACCCCCUUUCCUUCGUAGUGCACUGUAGAAACAUAUUAGACCAACGCCCUGGAACGGUCGUUUUUUUUCUUUCUUCUUUCUAUCUCAGAUUGUAGGUUGCUUUAGUCGACAUUCGACAACACUUUUCUGUAUGCCGUAUACAACUGUUGGAGGCAUGUCUUUUUGGACUGGUGACAUAUGUGUUUCAUGACCAACCAAUAAUCCUUGCAGAGUAGGUUCCCUGCUUGAGGAAAUCCAGCCUUGCUAGUUGUGGCGAUAUGAAGGUAGAAGGAGACUAAUGGAAUUGGAUGAUUGAGCUUCAAAUGUAAGACAAUGAGACACUGAAACAAGGGGGUUGGCCUAAACUGAAGUGCAGCUCGUUUCACUAAAUGGAAACUCCCAGAUUUCACAGAACAAUCUAUUACAUGCGCUGCCCUGUGUAUGUAUGUUGAUAGCAUUCCUCUAAAGUUCAAAAAAGACUUUUUCCUCCUGAAAGAAUAUGCUAGUUUAUAUUGUAGUAUGAGAAUCCUGCUUGCAGUAAGAAAGGAACAAGAAAUAAGUACACUGGUUGGAGAUGAAAAAAGACAUUUUCAAUUGCCAUAGCCAUGCUUCCGUCUCAUUCGUUCCUUGACGAACUCAUCCCUAGCUGUAGUACGAGCCUGUUGAGGAGCGACGUUGAUGUACGAGAGAUGCGCCGCGUAACCCAUGAUCACAGCUGCUCCGACAAACAAGGCCACUGUCACCCCCAGUUUCUUGGCUGCGGAAGGGAAGCAAGUGACCAUUUCCGUGGGUUCUGUUUCUAGACGCUGCAGCUGAAAUAUAGGAGCUGGGACUACUGGGGAAGGGUCGUGAAAAAUUCAGAUCAAGCUUCGGCGUAAAGAAACCACAGCAUGUGUAGUAGUGAAUAGUGAGUGCAGAUCGACCUAC